AUGUCAUCACUACAAAAUGAAUUUACGCAGAGAUUCUACCGUCUAUUCUUGCAGAUCAUUUCCUCGAACUCGGCGGCUAAAUAUGCUUCAAUAACAAAAAAUCCUAGUGAAAUCUUCUUCUUCCGUUUAAACAGUGUCAUCAGUGUCAAUGCUGCACCACAUUCACCAGACAUUCCAGUAAUAGAAAAAUUUCUCCGUUCAUCGAGUUCACCAAGUUCUACAGUAGAAGACAACGGAGCAAGCUCUUCAAGUGAAGUGAAAUAUAUGGGACAUCAAACAAUAACAGAACCACAAGAAGAAAAAGACCAAAGAAAAGUUAAAAAUAUUAGGCUU